AUGACCGCCAAGCAGGAGGAACAAGAUGAAGGAUGCUUCGCUACCACGUUUGAGAGAAAGUACUACAGCCGGAACGGCGCCUUUGUGAAGAGGAGCUUGCGGCCGCGGGAGUUCCGCACCGGCUAUCGAGGCCUGCACAUCCCUCGGCUGAAUAAGGAGAGGCUCAUGAACGAAGCAGAGUCAUUGCGAUUCAUUCGCUCGCACACUAAUGUCCCGGUGCCGACUGUGUACUGCGACUUCCAAGAUGACGAAGCCUACUACUUGAUCACCGAGUACGUUGAGGGCGUCGGCAUGUCGGAGCUCGCGGAAGAUCAAAAGGCCACUGUGCGGGAGGAGCUCCAGGUUCAUCUUGCGAAGCUCAGGGCUCUCAGGUCCAACAAAAUCGGCGGGCCAUCGGGUCUCGUGAUUCCCCCUUAUCGAGCUCUGCGGCUUACGGACGUUGACACUUGGUGUCUGCGGCCCUCUGAUCAAGACGAAUACGUCUUCUGUCAUAAUGAUCUGUCCCAGCAGAACGUGGUCGUCAACCCGGAAACGCUGCGGAUCAAUGCAAUCGUAGACUGGGAAUAUGCAGGCUUCUUCCCGCCACGCUUCGAGUGGCCGUUCUUCAACCGGCUAGGGCCUUUCGUAGCCAUCCAUGAUGAGAUUGACGAUGCCUCUAGUAUCCUCGAAUUUCUUACUUCGCAGGCGAGAAUCACUUGGCGACAAGAUCCAGUUAGGUCUAGCUAA